AUGGAGACAACGCACGGAGUGCUGGAGCUUCUGCUGGUCAGCGCCGAGGGCCUGAAGCAUGCGCAUCACCUAGGACCGCAGAGACACUAUGUGACCAUUCAGUGCGGCGACCAAUUCCGCACCAGUAAAAUCACACAUGGUAAACAUAGGAAGAUCUGGUGGAACGAGAAGUUCAGGUUCUCGCUGUCACCCCGCGAGUGCAGGCAGUUGGCAAAGGUCACGCUGCGGAUCAUGGAAAGGGACAAGUUCGCCGAAGACAGUUUGGUCGGCGAAAUAAGAGUGUAUGUGGGCGAAAUCAUCAGGGAGGGAAGCGAGAGGGAGUUCCUGCAGAUGAAGCCUGCGCCCUACAACAUCGUGCUCGAGGACGGCACAUACAGGGGGGAGCUCAAACUUGGGCUCAAGUUCAUCACCAACGUGAACUUGGAGAAGUCAGGAGAGCGUUGGCAAUGCACAGGCGUGCCUCCGAGGCAGCCGUACGCCGUGUACAGGCCAUUUCUGAACAUCACGCUUCCGUGCAUCCCGUGGAGGAGGUUCUUCUUCUUCUGCACUCGCUCGGACAAAUGGACAGUGAAAGAAUAAUCUGUGGAACGGCAGCCAUGCUUUCUUCUUCUUCUUUGAAGGAGAUCCCAUCAACGCUUCUUGCCGUUCCUUUGAGACCGUGUCAAGUGCCGUGAGGCUGUGAGAGUCGUGGCCGAAGGAAGAAGUAGAAACACUGUAACGGUACCAAGGAGUACUAGUUUUUUUUAGGAAACUAGUUUUUUAUUUUGAGGGAAAGCCAU